AUGUACUUUGUGAUUCUUCCUCACCACCCCCCUUCUGGCAGUGACUUGCACAGGCUGCAGGUCAGCAAGUUCACCACCCAGCCCCCGGUGCAUCUGUCCCCGCAACGCCCCCCUCACCCCCAGCCUCCCACCGAUGCCCCAGCCGGCAGCCGCAGCUUGGCUCCCGAUGCCAGCUCAGCCUGCGACCUGAGCGGUGUCAGAGCUCCCUGGUUCGCUCUGCUCUGGGCGCAGGAGCUGGAGGGUGCAAGGAGCAGGGCCGCAGCUCCAGGAGGGGAGACACGGAGAGAGGUAGGGGGGCCGAGGCUGCGGCCACAGCUGGGGCAGGGACAGGAGCGGAUCCCGGGCAGAUCCCCGGGCGCAGGGCCAGCAGCCAGGACCUCGGGCGUGGGGCCGGCAGCCGAUCCCUGGGCGCGGGGCCAGGAGCGGAUCCCGGUUCCGGGGCAGGAGCUGGCCAUGCCGCACAGACACGGGUGGAGCACGGGUGCCAGAGGAAGGAGCCGGCCCAUGUUCCAGCACAAUAGUGCCGUCGCCCAGAGUCAGUGCCAGGGCGUCCGAGUGCCUGCACUGCGGCCGGCUCAGGCAAACCACUUCCCCCUGAACAACAGCAAGAGCCCGAGAGGAGUUCCCCAGGUUAACAACACAAGGCUGAAGGGAUUUACAGCAGAGAAUAACUCCCCCGCCGCCGCAGGCUUCCUGGGCGGGGCCCCCCGCCCCCAUAUAGCCGGCCCUGCGCUUGGGGGCGCUGCCCUCUGGCUGCAGCUCGGUGCGCGCCGCUCGCUGGACUCCCUCGCCCCACGGCAUGGCCCCGGCUCGCCGCCUGCUGACCCUCGGGCUCUGCAUUGCCCUGUACCUGUCGGGCACAGUGGCCAGACUAAUGGCACACAAGCUGUUCCCGCCCCUGCAGGUACCACUGAGGACUGCAUCAAAUAUAUGCUCUGCCCAUCAAACGCCAAGUGUGUGAACAACACCCACUGCACUGCCUGCAUGGGACGGUCAGGAAAGGAUCGCUUCUUCACCGACCCAAUGGAGACCUGUGACGAUAUUAAUGAGUGUCUGGGGCCGAGCCUGGCAGACUGUGGACCCAACACAAACUGCAACAACACCGCUGGGACUUACUUCUGCACCUGCAUCAAUGGCUACGAGCCCAGCUCUGGAAAGGCCAAUUCAUGGAAUGCGAGUGAGAACACCUGCCAGGAUAUUGAUGAGUGUCGAGGCUCGAGCCCGGCAGACUGUGGACCCCACGCAAACUGCACCAACUUGCCUGGGAGUUACUCCUGCAGCUGCAUCCAUGGCUACGAGACCAGGUCUGGGAAAGACAAGUUCACGCACGCGAGGGAGAACACCUGCCAAGAUAUUGACGAGUGUCUGGGGCUCACUGGAGUAAACUGCGGACCCGCAAACUGCACCAACGUGCCUGGGAGUUACUCCUGCACCUGCAUCCAUGGCUACGAGCCCAGCUCUGGGAAAGCCAAGUUCACGCACGCGACUGGGGACACCUGCCAGGACAUUGACGAGUGCCAGCAAAACGCCACAGUCUGUGAGCCCCACGGGAACUGCAUCAACAUGCCAGGGAAUUACAGGUGUAAAUGCAAUUGGGGAUUUGGGAAGAGUCAAAGGGAUACCUCUAAGAUCUGCACAGACAUAGACGAGUGCCACAAGAUCCCAAAUAUCUGCGGCCCCAACGCCACGUGUAUCAACACCAACGGGAGCUACCGGUGUGAGUGCCAGGCCGGCUACGUCCCCUCCAACAGGAACACGACUCUGUGCCAAGACAUCGACGAGUGCCACAAGAUCCCUAAUAUCUGUGGCCCCAUCGCCACGUGUAUCAACACCAACGGGAGCUACCGGUGUGAGUGCCGGGCCGGCUACGUCCCCUCUAACAGGAACACGACCCUGUGCCAAGACAUCGACGAGUCACAAGAUCCCUAUAUCUGUGGCCCCAUCGCCACGUGUAUCAACACCAACGGGAGCUACCGGUGUGAGUGCCGGGCCGGCUACGUCCCCUCUAACAGGAAAACGACCCUGUGCCAAGACAUAGACGAGUGCCACAAGAUCCCAAAUAUUUGCGGCCCCAACGCCAUGUGUAUCAACACCAACGGGAGCUACCGGUGUGAGUGCCGGGCCGGCUACGUCCCCUCCAACAGGAACACGACUCUGUGCCAAGAGCUCACCUGCCCCCCGCUGCUGGAUGAUAACUCUGCAGAAGCCAAGAACUUCCUGGUGAACUUUCAGGCCCAGGCAGGAAGGCUCUGCAAGGCGGCGCUGGAGAAGCUGAGGCAGAUGGAGGCGCAGAGCACUGAGCCUGUGAAGAGGCAGCUGAAGGGCUUCUUGGACAUUCUGGAGAAGCAGAUAAAUCUGGUCGGGCAGCAGAGCGAGAGCAUGGAGAUGAGACACCGGAUUGCAACGGAGCUGAUGGCCAUAGUGGAGAAGCUGCUGAGAUCGCUGGCCCUGACCCUGCCUGAGAGCAUGAUCAGCAUCAUGUCCACCAACGGCACAGAGCUGGGGCUGGCGGUCAGGAAGGCUGGGGCCCAGAGCCAGGAGACGGUGACGCUGCAGCAGAGCAAGACGCAGAUGGAAUUAAAGUGGGCCGGAGCCCCAGGGCAGAAAAAUGAAGGCUUCACACGGGCCGGGCUGCUGACAUACCAGGGGAUGAGCCCCCUCCUGGACGGUGCUGCGCAGGUGGAGGUGCCCAAGUGGCAUGAGAUCGGCCAGACGGGGAAGUGGGCGCAGGAACGGGGGCGGCCCAGCUACCGUGUGCUGUCUCCAGUGGUGUCGGCCUUCGUCGGUGACCUGGACACCCAGGCACUCAACCUCUCUGUCAGCAUCCUCUUCAGCCACCCGGUGCCGGAGAAGAAGGCCGAUCUGCGUCUCCUCUGUGUCUACUGGGAGACUAGCAGCAAGCGCUGGAACACCAGCGGCUGCAACCUGCAGAAGUUGAACGCCACCAUCACCCGCUGUCAGUGCAACCACCUGACCAGCUUCGCCGUGCUCAUGGCCUUCUACGAGCUGGAGGACUGGACCCUGGACAUCAUCACCAAGGUGGGGCUGGUGAUCUCGCUGCUGUGCCUGCUGCUGUCCAUCAUCACCUUCCUCUUCUGCCGUGCCCUCAAGAGCCCCCGCACCACCAUCCACCUGCACCUCUGCCUGGCGCUCUUCAUCGCCUACACCGUGUUCCUCACCGGCACCUCCAGCACCGGCAACAGGGUACCCGGUGUGUGCGGCAUGGUGGCCGGCCUCCUGCACUAUUUCUUCCUGGCCGCCUUCUGCUGGAUGUGCCCUGGAGGGCGCCGAGCUUACCUGCUGGUGGUUCAGGUCUUCACCCCCCACGGCCUCCGGCGCCGCUACAUGUUCCUGCUGGGCUAUGGCGUGCCGGCCCUCAUCGUGGGCAUCUCGGCCGCCACCUACCGCCAGGGCUACGGCACGGUGCGCCACUGCUGGCUCUCGCUGGACAAGCAAUUCAUUUGGAGCUUCCUGGCGCCCGUCUGCAUCAUCAUCGCGGUCAACGCCGUGAUCUUCGUGGUCACCGUCUGGAAGCUGUCGCUGAAAUUCGCUGACAUCAACCCUGACAUGAGGCAGCUGAAGAAGCUCAGGGUGCUCACCAUCACGGCUAUCGCCCAGCUCUGCGUCCUGGGCAUCACCUGGAUCUUCGGCAUGUUCCAGUUCAACCAGCGCAGCCUGGUCGUCUCCUACGUCUUCACCAUCCUCAACAGCCUGCAGGGGCUCUUCAUCUUCCUGCUGCACUGUCUGCUCAAGAAACAGGUGAGGGACGAGUACUGCAGGUGGCUGAGGUGCGGCCACCUCAAGGGACAGGCCAAGUACUCUGAGUUCACCAGCUCGAGCACCACACGGCAGGGGCUCCAGCCUUCGCAGGAGUCAGGGUUGUAGCACUCUUGCGCUCAGCCCAUUUCUGGACACCGCAGCUUUGCACGCGAGAAAACCCGGCCCCCUGCCCCCAGCCUGACAGGGCCCGUGAGCAGGAGCCCCACCACGCACCUGGACUUGCCGCACGCAGAUGCUUCAACGGUUGCCCAGUGGAACCUGCCAGGCAGCGGGGGGGGCACCAUUACACUGUCCCGCUGCCCCCACCCACUGGUCACUCGCACCAGCCCCAGGCCUGCGUGCUGCCCCCACCGCAGGG